CAUCAGCAACAGCUGUCACGUUACGCAAGCGGUUAAAGAGCAACAGGUUCUUAGUCCCAUUAUUAUUUAAAAGCGUGAUCACGCCCGGGUAAUAUUCCAGUGAUCAUUAUAUAAAACGUCGCUAUCUGUGCCAUGUUGCAAGCCACCAGCCGUCAUUUGAGCGCUCAGGCGCGGCGCUACAGCUCUAAGAUCAACGAUGUUGUUGUUGUCUCUGCUGCUCGUACACCCAUUGGCAGCUUCCAGAGCCAGCUAGCACCUCUGUCCGCCACACAACUGGGCGCCACUGCCAUAGAGGCGGCCAUCCAGCGUGCGGGCAUAGCCAAAAGCGAUGUUAAUGAGGUGAUCAUGGGCAACGUAGUUUCGGCAGGUCUCGGUCAGGCACCCGCCCGUCAGGCGGCCAUCUUUGCCGGAUUGCCCACCAAUGUGUGCUGCACGACCGUGAACAAGGUUUGCUCAUCGGGCAUGAAGGCUGUGAUGCUGGGCGCCCAGUCGCUAAUGCUUGGCCAGGCGGAUGUCGUUGUUGCCGGCGGCAUGGAAUCCAUGUCGAAUGUGCCCUUCUAUUUGAAACGUGGCGCUACACCCUAUGGGGGCAUCAAUCUAACAGAUGGCAUUGUCUUUGACGGUCUUUGGGAUGUCUACAACAAGUUCCAUAUGGGCAACUGUGCCGAGAACACGGCUAAAAAAAUGCAGAUCACACGCAAGGAGCAGGAUGAUUUUGCCAUCGAAUCGUAUAAGCGAUCGGCCAAGGCCUGGAGCGACAAAGUCUUUGCCGACGAAAUUGCUCCCGUAAAGAUCCAGAUAAAACGCAAACCAGAGCAAAUCAUCGCUGAGGAUGAGGAAUUCAAGCGUGUAAACUUUGAUAAGUUUGGCCAGCUGUCGACCGUGUUUCAGCGAGAGAACGGAACAGUUACCGCUGGUAACGCUUCGACGUUAAAUGAUGGCGGUGCCGCUGUUGUGCUAAUGACUGCCGAAGCCGCAAAGCGUGCGGGUGUGAAGCCAUUGGCACGCAUUGUCUCCUUCCAGGAUGCCGAAACAGAUCCUAUUGACUUCCCCAUUGCACCAGCAUUUGCCGUGCCCAAGCUAUUGGAACGUGCAGGCGUUCGUAAGGAGGAUGUCGCCAUGUGGGAAAUCAACGAGGCCUUCUCUCUAGUCGUGCUGGCCAACACACGCAAAAUGGACCUCGAUCCCACCAAGGUGAAUGUCCAUGGUGGAGCUGUCUCUUUGGGCCAUCCAAUUGGCAUGUCUGGCGCUCGCCUGAUCACCCAUCUGUCGCACGCGCUGAAAGCCGGCGAGCUGGGUUGCGCCUCCAUUUGCAAUGGUGGCGGCGGCGCCUCCUCCAUUCUGCUGCAGAAACUUUAAAGCCACAGCAACAGCUGUCAAACUGUUAAAGCCAGGAUUGCAUUUAUUGAAAUUGGAAACGAUGACGAUUCGUCAUCCUCGACUAUUUUUAAAACUGUUUUAAACUACUCAUCUGGUGUAUUUUUGUAUAGCAUUUAAUAAAUUAAAC